AUGGCCACCGACUCGUGGGCCCUGGCAGUGGACGAGCAGGAAGCGGCUGUCAAGUCGAUGAGUAAUUUGCAAAUCAAGGAAGAAAAAGUCAAACCAGAUACCAAUGGUGUUAUUAAAACCAGUGCCGCUGCAGAGAAAACAGAUGAAGAAGAGAAAGAGGACAGAGCUGCCCAGUCUUUACUCAACAAGCUGAUCAGAAGCAACCUUGUCGAUAACACGAACCAAGUGGAAGUCCUGCAGCGGGACCCAAGUUCCCCGCUCUAUUCUGUGAAGUCCUUUGAGGAGCUUCGGCUGAAACCACAGCUUCUCCAGGGAGUCUAUGCCAUGGGCUUCAAUCGACCCUCCAAGAUACAAGAGAAUGCAUUACCCAUGAUGCUUGCUGAGCCCCCACAGAACCUGAUUGCUCAGUCUCAGUCAGGUACUGGUAAAACAGCCGCCUUCGUCCUGGCCAUGCUCAGCCGAGUGGAACCAGCAGAGAGAUACCCCCAGUGUUUGUGCCUCUCCCCAACAUAUGAGUUGGCACUUCAAACGGGAAAAGUGAUUGAGCAGAUGGGCAAAUUUCAUCCGGAACUAAAGCUUGCUUAUGCUGUUCGAGGCAAUAAAUUGGAAAGAGGUCAGAAGAUCAGUGAACACAUUGUCAUUGGCACCCCUGGGACUGUUCUGGACUGGUGCGCCAAGCUCAAGUUCAUUGACCCUAAGAAGAUCAAGGUGUUUGUUCUGGAUGAGGCUGACGUGAUGAUAGCUACUCAGGGCCACCAAGACCAGAGCAUCCGCAUCCAGAGGUAG